AUGUCUCAAAACGAUUCAAGCGACGACGACGAGAUUGGAUUGCAGACACCGUUAUUCCUCAGAAAAGGCUCUCGAUGUAGUCGCGGAACACCAGGAACUCCGUCAUCUAUCACUAGUUCAGUAAUAUUCGGCCAAAUCCCAGAAGAUGUACUUCGUGUUUGGAGUCAACUACCAGAAGCAAUACGUUUGGAUCCUAGCUUGGCAGUUUUUCAAAGAGAAUACGAUCGGGUUCUUCAAACCACAGAAGGAAAAUCUUCAGAUGGGUUGAAGAAAGAUUGCCUGGUGGUAAACAUGUCCCUUGAGCCACAAUCCUUAUUACAACAAAAAACGCAAAAUAAGAAAAUCGACGAGGAUGGACAUCCCGAUGUGUCACCAGAAUCUCAUGAAACGAAACAAAAACCACUUUAUCGUUAUACCAAACUUGUCAUAUUGUGUUGCUGUUGGCUAAUAUUCACGCUGAUACUAAUGAUUAAGAGCGAGAAGAUCGAAUCAAUGCAUCAAAUCUCAAUACCCACGGGACAAGUAAAAAAUUAUAAAAUGCACGGUAGCAUUACUGGCAAACAAAUUAGUGUUAUAUUAGAAGGUUCAUUACUUCCAUCAGUAAAAUAUACAAAAUAUACAAACACAACUGAUAGAUAUUUAUUGGUAUGGUUAGAACUAUUAGUCAACCAAGCAAAUAACACUAAUCCACUUUCGUUUAGGUCUGAACAAGUUCAGAAUAUAAGUGAUUUAUGGAUUUUGCCAAUACUUCCGGAAAAUCUGAUGGACAUUUUUCCUGGACAGAGGCAUCAGAAAACUUUUGAAUUAGGAUAUACCGAUAAAGAAAUUCUAGAACAAAGCAUGGCAUCGAUAAACUUAAAAACAAACUUAGAAUCCAGUUUUGCUGUCUCCAUUAGUUACGAUUUGUCGUCAAUAGACAAAGAUGACGGUAUAGCGUAUGCUGCAAUUGUUUUGUUUGGGUUGUAUGUAUUGAUAAUAUUCGAGGUUGUACAUAGAACUUUAGCCGCCAUGCUAGCGUCGACCAUGUCUAUUGCAAUACUAGCGGCCUUAAAUGAGAGACCAACUAUGGAUGAAUUGAUAUCUUGGAUAGACGUCGAUACGUUGUUAUUAUUGUUCUCCAUGAUGAUACUUGUCGCCGUAGUCGCAGAAACAGGCAUAUUUGACUGGUUAGCGGUCUAUGCUUACAAGAUAACCGGAGGAAAGCUAUGGCCACUCGUAGGUACAUUAUGUUUCUUCACAGCGUUCGUUUCAUCGAUCUUAGAUAAUGUUACAACGGUACUGUUAAUGACACCGGUAACCAUCCGAUUAUGCGAAGUAAUGGAAAUAAAUCCGGUGCCGAUAUUAACAGCAAUGGUGGUUUAUUCUAAUAUUGGGGGUGCUAUGACGCCAAUAGGUGAUCCGCCUAAUGUAAUUAUUGCGUCGAAUCGCGAUGUUAUUAAUAAUGGUAUCGAUUUUAGUACAUUCACACUGCACAUGAGUAUUGGCGUUAUACUAGUGAUAUUUGUAGUAUAUGCUCAACUACGAUUUAUCUUCCGAGAUAUAGCCGUUCUUAGAUUCGACGAGCCGCAAGAUGUACAGGAAUUAAGACAUGAAAUUGCCAUUUGGCAAAGGGCCGCAGCAAGUUUGUCGAGUUACAGUAAAGACGAAAAUUUAGUGAGAGAAACUUUGAUGAAAAAGGUUCAACGAUUACUCUCCCAGUUGAAAAAGAAGUUAAUAACAGGUAGCGUAGCACUUGAGAGGUACAAAACUACGCUUGAGGAACUUCAGGAAAAGUACCCAAUUCGUGAUAAAUGGCUUCUAGUGAAGUCUGGGUUCACGUUGAGCUUGGUGAUCACAUUAUUCUUUUUGCAUAGCGUCCCAAACAUACACUUAUCAUUAGGUUGGACCGCUUUGAUCGGUGUUCUUUUAAUAUUAAUUUUAGCAGACAGUGAAGAUUUAGAUGGUCUUAUGGCGCGUGUGGAGUGGAGCACUUUAUUAUUCUUCGCGUCGUUAUUCAUUCUUAUGGAGGCUCUUUCACGUCUAGGUUUAAUCGCUUGGAUAGGAAAGCAAACGGAAAGAAUAAUCCUGUCUGUGAACGAAGAAUCACGAUUGGCAGUGGCUAUACUAUUGCUCCUAUGGGUGUCUGCGAUUGCAAGCGCAUUCGUCGAUAAUGUGCCUCUUUCAACGAUGAUGAUAAGAAUUGUUACAAAUUUGGCGAAAAAUGGCGAAUUAAAAUUGCCUCUGCAACCUUUGGUAUGGGCUUUCGCUUUUGGCGCUUGUAUGGGAGGAAACGGAACUUUGAUUGGAGCUACUGCUAACGUAGUUUGCGUAGGAGUUGCUGAACAACAUGGCUACAGGUUCUCUUUUAUGCAAUUUUUCAAGGUGGGCUUUCCAAUUAUGUUGACAAGUGCUAUGACAAUAACCAUGUACUUAAUGAUCGCCCACGUAAUUUUCGAUUGGAACGGAUAA